AUGUUCAAUUUCGGUGGUUCAGGGACCAAUGCUAACAACACAGCUAACAGCGGAUCGCUGUUUGGCAACAAGCCUGCAACCACGUCUGGGGGCUUCUCCGGUGGGAUGAACAGUGGCAAUCUACCAGGUCAACAAUCUGGGUCACUUUUUGGCCAAAACAAUAAUAUUCAGCAGCCGAACCAGAGCUCUGGGGGUCUCUUUGGACAACAGAAUGCUGGCACAGCGCCUUCUGGUGGUCUUUUCGGGAAUAAACCGGCCGGGGGCUUCAGUAUUGGCCAAAACACAACCCAACAACAACAACCACAAGCUAAUGUUCAGAAACCAGGUCAAUUGGGUGGCUCGCUUUUUGGUAACAACAAUACUACGCAACAGCAGAACUCAGGAAUUGGGUCCGGCGGAUUGUUCGGUAGCAAUACACAGCAACAAUCAAAUCCGCCUGCAGGCGGCCUUUUCGGGGCCAGCAAUCAGCAGCAGCCUGCUUCGGGAGGACUAUUUGGCAAAAGUAGUCAAACCCAACCUGGCGCAACAUCUGGCGGUCUUUUUGGGAACAAUCAGCCGCAAUCUGGUCCUUCUUCCGGCGGUUUAUUCGGAGGCAGUUCUAACAGUGGGUCGGGCGGUUUGUUCGGCAAUUCGAGCAACACGUUUGCCAACAACAAAAGCUCCACUAGCGGUGGACUUUUUGGUGCCAAUACCUCGCAGCAACAGCCGCAACAGCAGCAACCUCAAGGAACGUCACUUUUUGGCAACAGCGGAACUGUGAAUUCUACAAAACCAUCCUUCGGCUGGUCUCAGUCCUCCAACGCCCAACCAAUCGGCCAACAAGCAAACCAGCCUCAGCCACAAGAGCAGCACUUACAACAACAAAUGCAAUACCAGCAGCAACAGAUACAACAGCUCCAACAGUCUAACUAUCCCCAGCAGAUCCAAGAGCAGAUAGUUAAAUGCAAAGACUCCUGGGAUCCCCGGUCUUCAAGAAGCAAGCUGAGAACUUUUCUCUACAACAAAGUGAACGAAACAGAGGCAAUGCUGUAUAGCAAGCCUUCUGAAAUAUCCCAGGAAGAUUGGGAUGAGGCUCUUCUACAAAAACCCUCUGCCAGCGUGAUCCCAGUCCAGGCUUUUGGGUUUGACGAUCUGAACGAGAGAAACAAGUUACAGAGAGAUAAUGUCGCCCAAGCUCGUCUAAUCUUGAAUCAAGUUCUUGAAAAACUGAUUCAACUUUCUCAAAAACAUGACUUGGAGACGGCUUCCAGGAUUCUAAAAGCUCAGAGUAGGAAUGUGAAAAUUCAGCAAAGGAUAAUCAAACUUGGCUCACACCUGGCCAUUUUGAAAAGUAAGGGGUUGCCGCUAACGGUCGGUGAAGAAAAUAUGUGGCUUGAAUAUGAAAAGCUGCUAAAACGCAGCAAUGAUCCUGCUGGGCUUGGGAAGAAUAACGAACUUUGGGCAAGACUUUCAGUUUUGAAGGAACGGUCGAAGACUAUUUCAGAUCAAUUAGACAGUACUCUGGUUGUUAUAAGUGAAAACAAUGGUGGGGAUGUGCAGCCAAAAAGAUCAGGGAAAUACGAGGAUCAGAGGGUCGACGAAGAGCUGGAGACCAGGGUCAACAAAAUCGCAGAAAUUUUGAGCAAUCAGCAACGCGGGUUAUGCUAUUUGCAAGACGUUAUUGAAAAAGACGAGAAACUUGUCGACAGAUAUGUAAGUCAACGGUCUACUUAA